AUGGUAAUGGUGAACCGGCGAGUUAUUAUCGUUAAGGUAGCUCUUACUCUGCAGAUUAGUCAUGAUUCAGCCUAUCAAAAUAUCCACGAGGAUCUCGGCUUCCAUAAAGUCUGUGAAAGAUGUGUGCCAAGAGAGCUUACUGCAGAGCACAAGCGCAAACGUCUUGACGUCUGCCAACAUUUACUCAAUCGAUACAACAAUGAGGGCGAGGAAUUUGGGGGCAGAAUAGUCACAGAACAUGAAACGUGGGUCCAUCAUUACGAAGCGGAAUCCAUAAGACAGAGUAUAGAGGGAAAACAUCCUGGCUCGCCAGCGAUGAAGAAAUUCAAGACUGUCUUCUGCGGGAAAGGUCAUGCUAACCCUUUUUAUUUUAUACUGAAAAAGGUCUAUACUGGAAUACUACCUGGAAAACAGGUGUACGAUCAACAGUGCAAGAUAUAG